AUGGCACCAAUUUCGUUUGAUAUAUUGAACAUUCCCCUCUACGCUUUUGUAGCUGGAUCCGUUGCUUUCAUCUUCUUGUUUUUGAAAGCCCUGCGAGAGCUCCAAAGUUGGAAGUAUUCUCGUGAUAAUGGUUGCCAGCCGCCAUUGCAUAGUGUCUCGCAUGGCCCAUUUGGUAUUAGUAUGAUAUUGUCAAUGGUCAAGGCUGGGCGUGAACACCGCUUUACCGAGCUUAUUCGUGGCUGGCACAGGGCUUACGGCACUACAUUCAGAGCGAAUAUGGGGGGACGAAAAGCCAUCUUCACAGCUGAGCCCAAAAAUAUCCAAGCUGUUUUGGCUCAUAAAUUCAAAGACUUUGAGUUAGGAUCUAUCCGCAACGAGGCAGCACGUCCAUUACUCGGCUCAAACGUCUUCACUACAGACGGCAGCGAGUGGGAGCACUCACGGGCUAUGCUCCGUCCCAACUUUUCUCGCACUCGCGUCUCCGACACCGACAUAUAUGAGUCUCACGUUGCCAAGCUCAUCAAGCACAUUCCCCGGGAUGGGUCCACGGUUGAUCUGCAGGAUCUGUUCUUGAGAAUGACCAUCGACACUGCAACUGAAUUCCUAUUCGGAGAAUCGACCAACUCUCUCGAAGAUCUAAGCUCGUCAUCCCCUGGCUCCAUAUUUGCCAGAGAGUGGGAUCUAGCGCAGGAAGGAACUGCAACGCGUUUACGAAUUGGUCCUCUGAUGAACUUCUACCUCAAUCGUAGAUUCUGGAAGGCAAUAAAGUCAUCCCGGGAUUACGCCGGGCGGCUGGUCCAGAAAGCAAUCGACUAUCGAAUUGCUGUCAACAAUGGUCAAGAGGUUCCUAAAGAGGUCCAACAGCUAAUGGAUAAGCAGUAUGUGUUUUCCUAUGAGCUUUCAAAGGAAACACUCGACAAGAAACAGCUCACGGAUCAGUUACUGAGCAUUCUGCUAGCUGGCCGUGAUACAACUGCCAACACAUUGAGCAUAACCUUCUUCCACAUGGCCAAACAACCUGAGAUAUGGAACAAGAUACGACAAGAAGUACUCGCUCUGGAAGGACGACGACCGUCAUUCAACGAUUUGAAAUCAAUGACAUACAUGUCAUGGGUUCUAAAUGAAACAUUACGCUUGUAUCCUAUUGUCCCCUUUAAUCUUCGAAUGGCAAACAAAGACACACACCUCCCUGUCGGCGGCGGCCCAGAUGGAAAGUCCCCCGUUCACGUUCCGAAGGGUUACGAAGUUAUCUACAACGUAUACACUAUGCACCGAUCGGCUGAACUUUACGGGCCCGAUGCUGAUGAGUAUCGUCCUGAAAGAUGGGAAAAGUUGAGACCUGGUUGGGCGUAUCUCCCAUUUAAUGGGGGUCCUCGAAUCUGUCUUGGGCAGCAAUUUGCUUUGACUGAGGCUGGAUACACUAUUGUUAGAAUUAUGCAAGAGUUCGAGGCGAUGGAAAGCCGUGAUCCGAACCCUUUUGUGCAGGACCUGAAAUUGACUAUGUCAAGUGCUAAUGGGGCAAUGGUUGGAUUCACGCCUGUCCCGGUUUCCUGA